UUUUUUUUUUUGAUCAGAAUUGCUAAGCGGCCUCCCCAACAACAUUCGGCGUGACUGAUUUCGGUUCACUCAUCUAUAAAUCUUCAACAGUCCCCGCACUCUGCCGAUGCCUUCCGUCCACCUACUGACAAGAUCACAAUUGCGAUCAGAAAUCCUUCCUACAACCGCUCAAGUCUAUCGUUUAUAGGUUCAAACCAACGUUCAUUCGUACUACACUUGCUUGGCAUAAUGUCGGGUCUCUCAUCCGGCACCGCAUCUGGCACGGGCUCCCCCUCGUGGACCUCCCCAUCCCAAACUGCCGUCAACACGCCCGCGACUGGCAGCAGCACCGCCAACUCCGGCUCCAACACUCCACGUAGCUUGAAGAAGAUCCGUAUCCUGAUGCUCCACGGCUACACGCAAUCUGGGCCCAUCUUCAAAGGAAAAACCAACGGUCUCCAGAAGAAGCUCGCCAAGAGCUUUGCCACACUGGGGUUCGAACCAGUGCUGAUCUACCCCACAGCACCCAACAAACUCACGGUCGACGACGUGGUGGGGUGGGAGCGGCGCCAGCCAGCCAUCAAGGACUUUGAGCCGGACACGUGGGCGUGGUACCGCAGCGACGAGCUGCAGGAUAAGUACCUGUACCUGGAGGAGGGGAUGAACCGGAUCGCGGAGACGUUGCGGCAGGCGCGAGAGGAAGCGAGGCAGGAGGGAGACGAGGACGGCGGGGUGGACGGCGUGAUCGGGUUCAGCCAGGGCGGGUGCAUGGCGGGGAUGCUGGCGUCGGCGCUGGAGCCGGUGCACAAGCCGCGGGCGGCGGCGGAGCGGGCGCACGAGCGCUGGCUCGAGACGGUGCGCGAGGCCAACGGCGGGCGCCCGCUCAAGUUCGUCGUCGUCUACGGCGGCUUCCGCGCCGCGCCGCUCGAGCUCGAGUGGCUGUACAACCCCAAGAUCUCCACGCCCACGAUGCACUGGAUCGGCAGCCUGGACACGGUGGUGGGCGAGGAGCGGAGCAUGGGCCUGGCGAACAAGUGCGUCGACCCCGUGGUCCUGAACCACCCCGGCGGCCACUUCGUGCCGAUCGACCCCAAGUACGUCAGCGCGCUCGUCUCGUUCAUCCAUCAGCACAUCCAGGAGAAGAAGGAUCAGAAGGCGCAGGCAGCGGAUGAAGACGCGGGAAAGGAUGGCGAAGGGUUAGACUAGACCAGCCAGGGCGCUGGACCUGCCCUAGUGGGUGCAGGCUGUGAACUGUGUGGUGACGGGGACCAUGGGCGGGUGUCACUUAAGAAGACCACUUCUCGGUGUUUGCGUUCUUGGACCGUGGUCCUCGGACUUCUGUUGUCACGGAAUCGGGUUGAACCAAGCAUAUAUAGAAUAUUUGAUUCUUUGCUAAUAAUACACGUUGGUUACGUCCAUCAACAGAAGGCACACACCCUGAUUUUCCAGCCCCC